AAAAUUCGCACAAGUGGGGAAGAAAAUCGUCAAAAUAUGACUAUAUUUUAAUUAUUCGUUUAUCAGGUCAAGAAAAUAUGCUUGUGAAACGUCCCGUGUGACCCCGAAUGGAACCUGUAAAGUGUUUUUAACAAUUAUUGGGCAAUGUUAAUUUUUCCGAGUGAAACGGCAUGUUCUACACCCAUACCUAACGGUGCCGGUGGUUAAUGAGUGUAAAACAAUGUUCAUUUUUGUGUGCGAAAUAUCACUUUCAGUUUUCAGCCGCGUUUGUAGAUGUCUAAAAGCGUUUGUGCCAUGCGUACCGCCGCGGAGCGCUCCUAGAUUCGUUAAAAAUGUCGCCGAGUUGCAAGGAUGAGGAUAUUUGUGCUCGGCGUCCUGUUUCAUUGUGCGUUCGGGCUCCGACCAGCGUGUGACACCCAAUACGAUACCGUGCAAGAGUUGGUGCCUUUUUUAAAUCCAAAAUCGACGUUUUUCAAUAUCAGGAAUUUUCUGAAACCCAGGAAUAAUGUUGCGAAAACGGUUGUGAAAUUCGGUUCCGACAAAACGAGAACGGAUAAUUCGACUCCGGACUAUUACGUUGUGGGACAUGCACUGAAACCGCCAAAGAUGGCGCGUCAGUCCCAGGAGAGAAACAAACGAGGUGUGGUCCACCUGUACAACAUGGUCAGCUGCGCUACGGGUUGCAACCCUCUCAGCUACAAAGGUUACGGCUGUUACUGCGGAUUCCUGGGCUCUGGUUUCCCAGUCGACGGCAUCGACAUGUGCUGCAAAAGGCACGAUUGGUGCUAUGACGCGGCUAGGUGCCCCAUGUACCUCGAGUACCUGGUACCUUACUACUGGAAAUGUUGGUACGGCUCGGCAUUCUGCGCCAUAGACCACGGAGAGUUCGGUGGUCCUGCCUCCUGCGCCGACAAGCUCUGCGAAUGCGACCGGCAGCUGUCCGUGUGUCUCAAGAAGUAUCCCUGCCCUUCGAAACCGGCUUUUUGCAAAUCCUCGCCGUUAAGGUUUUUCCAAAAUAUAUUCAUGUUUUUCGCGUAAACGUUUCGUUUAUUUCGCCUGCUGGCAACUAUGCCAAGAACGAAUAAGAAGAAGAGCAACGGAACGGAUUGAAAUAACAUAUAUGCGAAAUAUUAUAAAAUAUGGAAUACCCAAAUUAUUUAA